AUGCGCCUUCCACCCCGCAUACCCAGUCGGGGGUACCUGCAAACAGCGCGGUUCUUCGCUACCAGCGUACACACUCCCCGAAUUCCCCAGACCAUCAUUGAAAAAGUUGUUCAAAAGUAUUCAGUCAAUCUCCCCGAUGGCAAAGUUGUCAAAGCGGGCGACUAUGUCAUGAUUCGCCCGGAGCAUGUCAUGACCCACGACAACACUGGCCCUGUCAUAUCCAAAUUCAAGUCCAUAGGUGCAAAGAAAAUUGUUGAUCCCCGGCAGACGGUAUUCACCCUCGAUCACGAUGUCCAGAACAAAUCUCCCAAAAACCUUGCAAAGUAUGCCAACAUUGAAGCAUUUGCACGCACACAUGGGAUUGACUUCUAUCCUGCUGGCCGCGGUAUCGGGCACCAAGUCCUCGUAGAAGAAGGCUACGCAUUCCCGCACACCCUCACUGUUGCCUCUGAUUCGCACUCAAAUAUGUAUGGAGGUGUUGCUUGUGUGGGUACACCCAUCGUGCGCACAGAUGCAGCAGCCUUGUGGGCUACAGGAAAGACCUGGUGGCAAGUCCCUCGUAUGGUCAAGGUGGAAUUUCGGGGAAAACUUGCUCCAGGUGUCACCGGCAAGGAUGUGAUUGUCGCGCUUUGCGGGUCAUUCAACAAUGACGAAGUCCUUAACGCUGCAAUUGAGUUUACCGGGGAGGGUGUCCCUGCGCUUUCGGUUGAUGACAGGCUUACGAUUUCGAAUAUGACAACGGAAUGGGGCGCACUUGUAGGCGUUUUCCCUGUCGACGACACACUUCUGGGUUGGUAUGAAACUGCAUUGGCAAAAUUAGAGCAAAGGACUUUCGCCUCCAAGUCAAUUCCGCCUCCGCCAGAACACCCACGUAUCAAUCGCCGCCGUCUUGAUGCUCUCCGUGCAACCAACCUUGCGUCCGAUCUCGGUGUCCAAUACUCCUCGCAUCUGAUCUUCGACCUCUCUACCCUCGUCCCACACGUCUCCGGUCCUAACAGCGUCAAGCAAAUUGCGAUCCAGAAAGCAUACCUGGUUUCAUGUACCAAUUCCCGUGUCUCUGAUAUUGCUGCAGCUGCAUCUGUUGUUGAGGGCAAGAAGAUUGCAGAGGGCGUCGAGUUCUAUGUCGCAGCUGCGAGCUCUGUGGUGCAGGCUGAAGCGGAGAAGUUGUGGGCCUUGCAUCGGGCUCGGCACCGGGUUGUUGGAAGAGGGGUGAGGACGGGUAUUAGCGCCACGAACAGGAACUAUAAGGGACGAAUGGGCCACCCUAAGGCUCAGGCAUACCUUGCCAGUCCUGCAGUAGUGGCUGCGAGCGCUAUCAAGGGAUUUAUCUGCUCCCCCAGCUCUCUUGACGCAACUUCGCUUCCUCCUGCAGGCACACUCACCUUCUCCAUCGCUUCUGGCUCUUCGGCCGCGGCAGAGGUACUACAAGCAGAAGAACCCCUCUUCCCCGGCUUCCCCGCAGCCUUUUCUGGUCGCCUGCUCUUCGCACCGCAAGACAACCUGAGCACAGACGCACUAUACCCCGGAAAAUACACCUACCAAGAUGAUAUCACCCUUGAACGCCAAGCACAGGUAGUCAUGGAGAACUACGACCCGUCAUUCGCAGGCAAUGUCGCUACCAUUCUCCCUUCACUCUCCGCAUCAGAUGAAAGCACCAGGUCUGGUGUGGUCUUGGUAUCGGGGUACAAUUUCGGUACUGGGUCCUCUCGCGAACAGGCUGCUACCGCGCUCAAGGCAGCCGGUGUGCCACUCGUCAUCGCAGGCUCAUUCGGCGACAUAUUCAAGCGUAAUGCCAUCAAUAACGGUCUCGUCUGCCUUGAAUGUCCUGAGCUCGUCGCUGAUCUCACUGCGACGUACGCUAAAGGCGGCGCACGUGGUGCAGGUGGACGUGAUGGCGAGCUCACAGUGGAUAAAGGGCAUGAAAUACGUGUUUCGAUGACGGACGGGAAUGUCAGUCUGCGUGGUUCUGAUGGAGAAAAGAACUACAAGGUACGCACGGUGGGCGCAAGUGUGCAGGAGCUGUGGGUGUGCGGUGGGCUCGAGGGGUUCAUUCUCAAGUCCAUACAGCAUUCUUGA